UAGAAGGCAUGGCUGUCCUGUCUAUGCCAUCACCCAUCAAGGGCUCCUCAGCAGCCUGAAGCUGGGGAGCUCAGUCAGUGGCACCCAGAAUCUGAGCUGUUUGUCGCAAGAAGCUGGGGUGCAUGCUCCCUUAGUGGCUUCAGAAUGACACCCAAGGGUGCCGAGAGGCUCACCAAACCUGGGGCUCACUCUUUCUAAUGCUGCAUUUUGUUUUUAGUUUCCUGGGACGUCUGAAGACAGAAAGGCUGUGCAAGGGACCAGGUGGGCUGGGGACUUCAAGUGCCGUGGGGAAACUGAUCCCACUAGAGCAAAGUCUCCGUGACCAGGGAGGGGCUCAGCUUCGAGAUUCAAGAUGGAGUCGUUGAGUCGAGCGGGGCAGGAGAUGAGUCUGGCGGCUUUGAAGCAACACGACCCCUACAUCACCAGCAUCGCAGACCUCACGGGCCAGGUCGCUCUGUACACCUUCUGCCCCAAGGCCAACCAGUGGGAGAAGACAGAUAUAGAAGGGACCUUAUUUGUAUAUCGACGGUCAGCCUCACCCUACCAUGGUUUUACCAUUGUAAAUCGACUGAAUAUGCACAAUCUAGUUGAACCAGUGAAUAAAGAUUUGGAAUUUCAACUCCAUGAACCAUUUCUUCUGUAUAGAAAUGCAAGCUUAUCAAUAUACAGUAUCUGGUUUUAUGACAAGAACGACUGUCACCGCAUAGCAAAACUCAUGGCAGAUGUGGUAGAAGAGGAGACACGGUGAUCCCAGCAAGCUGCUCGAGAUAAACAGAGUCCCAGCCAGGCCAAUGGCUGCAGUGACCAUAGGCCUAUUGACAUCCUGGAAAUGCUGAGUAGAGCCAAGGAUGAGUACGAGAGGGCUCAGAUGGGCGACUUAAAUAUCUCCAGCCCUGGGUUACAGCCAAGCACUCAGCUUUUCAAUCUAGGAAGCACUGAAACUCUAGAAGAGACAUCCUCUGGAUCACAAGAUAAGUCUGCUCCAUCUGGACAUAAACAUCUGACAGUGGAAGAAUUGUUUGGAACUUCUUUGCCAAAAGAACAACCAGCAGUUAUGGGUCUGGAUUCAGAAGAAGUAGAGAAGCUCGCAGGAGAUGCCACCCAGAAAGAGCCCAGCUCGUUCCUACCAUUUCCCUUUGAGCAUUCUGGAGAAGCCGCUCAGUUGGAAAACCUAAGUGUCCAUUCAGCUGCUCACCACACAGUCCAACCUGAAGUCUCCACUCCGGUGCUCAUCACUCCAGCUUCAAUCACACAGUCUAGUGAAAGGCAUGCUCCAAGCUACACGAGCCCAUUGAGCCCCGUUCUCAGUCCCACUCUGCCACCUGAAGCUGCUACUACACAGGUUGCCCCUGCAUUACCUCGAAAUAGCACUAUGAUGCCUGCAAUGAAAACCACACCUAGGCAGAGGUCUCCACUGUUGAACCAGCCAAUCCAGGAGCUAAGCCACAGCAGUCUAAUUGCCAGCCAGAGCCCCUUCAGGGCCCCACUGAGUAUGACAAACACAGCUGGCACACCCCUCCCAAGUGUUGAUCUUCUGCAGAAACUCAGGUUGACUUCACAGCAUGACCAAAUACAGACACAGCCACUUGGGAAAGGUGCUGUAGCACCCAGCUUUCCUCCAGCAGCUGGCCAGCUGGCCACACCCGAGAGCUUCAUAGAGCCUCCCCCGAAGACAGCAGCCGCCAGAACAGUGGCCUCUGCCUCCCUGAGCAACAUGGUGCUUGCUCCCCUUCAGUCUAUGCAGCAAAACCAGGACCCUGAAGUAUUUGCCCAGCCUAAGAUGCUAUCCAGUGCCAUCUCGGUUGCAGGCCCUCCAUUGGUUACUGCGACAACCACAGCAGUAUCUUCAGUCCUGCUAUCGCCAAGUGUUUUUCAGCAGACUGUUCCAAGGUCUGCCGACCUUGAGAGAAAAGCAAAUUCUCCUUCUCCCCUCACCAUUGGCACACCAGAAAAUCAGAGAAAGUCUUCCCUUAUUCUCAGCAAGUCUCAGCUCCAGGAUACAUUGAUACAUCUGAUUAAGAAUGAUUCCAGCUUCCUCAGUACACUUCAUGAAGUUUACCUGCAGGUUCUGACCAAGAGCAAAGACAACCACAACCUAUGACUGGAGUAGAAUAAAUCCGAAGGCAGAGGUCAAUCAAGAACAAAUUGACUUCAUCAUGGAAAUUUCUUUCUAAGUAGAACAUGGAGUUUUGAGAAUUAUGAAAUCGAGCCUAUGAAAGACUCAGUCCUUAAGAAUGUUUCUAAGUGACAUUCUCAGUGACAAUGGAGGUUUCACUGUGAAGCAUCACCAGCAGACUUUUAUUUUGACAAAACAACAAAACGACCAUUGUAUUAAGCUAUAUGGGUGUUUUCAUCAGCUAUGCAGAAGUAUGUGAAAUAGGGAGUCUGGUUUUUCAGCUUACUUUCAUUUUCAAGGACUUAGGGAGAAGUAGCCACCAGCCUUGCAGCAGAACUCAACCUCACCUGCACCCCUUCCCCACCCACCCGCCCACUAGAGGCGGCAUUAGGCUGACAGUCAAGUGUGGAACAGAAUAGAAAUCAGUUCUAACAGUAACUUUGAGUUUUAAAGGAUCAGAGUUUAAGUUGACAAAUUAGGAAUUAUUUGUUCAAGCAAAGUAUAUUUUAAAUGUAUGCCCCCAUUUGGGCCUUUAAAAUUGUGAAAUUUGUCAGCAUCUUGUUUUUAAAUGUCCACACUCCUGCCAUGCAGCAGGCACCAAUGCAGCAUUACUGUUCAAAUAGGGUCUUUCUGAGAUUUUUGGUGAUACAGAAUUUGAAAUAGGCUGGGACUGGGAAUGCUCAAAUCCUACCAGAAAUUUUCAUUUUAAGUUAAACUUUCCAGUGGUUUUGGAAAUGUUAAAUUGUGUGUGGAACACAGCCUUUUAUUUUCCUUUUCUGUCUAAACCGAUAAAAUUCAUUGUUAUUUGUUUUAACACUUUCAUAAAAGGACCAGUGGACCAAUCUGACAAAGCCAUUCUGGUUCCAUUCCUCAAGUGUACUGAGAACAGUUUUAAAGCUAUGCAGAAAAGGGAACUGUUAUUCACACUGCCCUUACUUUGUUGUUGAAUAUGGCAUUUAGAAGAAAGUGUGAGAUUCAGAACUUUACCAGUGUAUUCCUAGGCUGUGAGUAUUUUUCCAGCCCAAAGUGUGAAAAUGUGUAAAGAUGCUUUGUUAUGCUGCUAUUGAUCUGCCAUGAUUUAUAUUUAUUCUUUUAUGGCAUGUAAUGGUGUUUAGUAAUAUUUUAAUGUAGAUUUUGAUUUAUUUCAGCAAUAGUAAUUUUAAGAUAUUCUUUGAAUGAAAGUGUCUUCGUUUCUAUGAUACAGAUCAUUUUGUAGUAUUUAACCAGUUAAGAUGCACUGCUUACUUUUCUGAGCACUAUUUAAUGAUGGGGUAAAAACCCACGUGGCUCAACCAGCUAGCAUAAGGAUUAGCUGUGAAUAAUGCUGACAAAUGUGAUGGUUCCUUGGGAACAAUCAUUUAAGCUUUAAUGGUAACUCAAUCAUAAAUCUGUAGGGGGGUUUUCUAGCUGAAAUUUUAGGAAAUUACUUGUGAAUUACAUACUUUAGUUUGGUCUUAGUUUUUUUAGGAUAAAGAAUACUUCGUCUGAUUGGCUUCUGUUGAUCUAACAUGCUUCCUAGACAGUGUUUCUGCUCAGUUUAGUGUCUUCUCUUACUGUCUACCUAGUUAUGUGUGAAUCGUGUAGAAUUCAGGGAAGCUUAUAGGUUGUCAUACUCUAUUAGGGGUAGUUUGUUUUCAAAGAUAGUAUAUAGACUCAGCAACCAAAAAUGAAUUGCUAAUACGUAAUCCAAGAUAGAGAAAGUUACAGUGAGAGAAAGUUACGGUAAGAUAAGGAGUGUUGCUGACACCAGAGAUGGUGUGCAGAAAGCCAUGUGGCUGUUCUCAUAAAAUGAAUUUACCGGUUGGUUUGAUCAUGCCCCAAGUAUAGUCUCAGGGGCUUUAGGAAAGAGACAAAUCAAGGGAUUCUCGCUAUAAUAGACAUUUGAAUUUAAAUGAUGCUUUUGAGUAUGUUUAAUAAUAUGAGAGCGUACAAAGAGAAUACCCUACAGAGGGGCUAUAGUCAGUCACCCUUUAAUCCUCAGAAUGAAUAUGAUGGACAGUAAAAGAAAA